GGCAUUUUCAUUUCUCAUUUGGUAGUUUGGUACCGCCAGAAAUGUCCCUUCAUCUCAGUUAUCCACUCCCGAUAUUCUCCCGCCGGAAUGGAUUCCGGACAAUAUCUCUGUCAUCGCCGCCGAAGUCGAUCGUUUCCUGCUCCGCUGCCAAACGCUACACCGCCGGAUGUAAAAGGCAGUAUACGAGUGUGAUGAUAGUCCCGACGGGCGUAGGCGCCGCCAUUGGUGGAUACGCAGGUGACGCUUUGCCGGUUGCUCGUGCUCUCGCCUCGGUCGUUGAUUGCCUUAUAACUCACCCUAACGUGCUUAAUGCAGCAAUGCUUUACUGGCCGAUGCAAAAUGUGCUUUAUGUUGAAGGCUAUGCACUAGAUCGAUUUGCAGAAGGCUCAUGGGCUCUACAACCUGUUCACCAGAAUCGGGUAGGAUUGGUUCUCGAUGCUGGAAUGGAGAAAGAGCUUCAAAUUCGUCACUUGCAAGUGGCUGAUGCUGCUAGAGCUUCUCUUGGAUUGCCUGUGAUGGAAUAUGUUGUCACAGAUACACCUCUAGUGGUAGAGAAGUGGAUUGAUCGAACGACUGGGCAAUCAACUGGGAGGAUAAGACAUCCUGCCUCACUGCUUAGAGCCGUGCAGACAUUAAUGAACCGGUCAAAGGUGAAUGCAGUUGCAGUUGUUGGACGUUUCCCAGAUGAUGAUGUUGAAGAGGAAGAUAGUUAUCGACAAGGGAUGGGAGUUGAUACUUUGGCAGGGGUUGAGGCUAUUAUUAGCCAUCUUGUGGUGAAGGAGUUUCAGAUUCCAUGUGCUCAUGCUCCUGCUUUGUCACCUACACCCUUGUGUACAUCUCUAUCUCCAAAAUCUGCAGCAGAGGAGUUAGGAUUCACAUUCUUACCAUGUGUACUUUCUGGGCUAAGUAAUGCGCCUCAGUACUUGAGUAAGAAUUCUGAUUCAUUGGGGAAGGACUGCCUAUUGGCAAACGAUGUUGAUAGUGUUAUUGUACCUAUAAAUGCAUGUGGAGGGGAUGGCACUCUUGCUUUUGCCAGAAGCAAACAGUACAAGCCACUUAUCAUUGCAGUAGAGGAAAAUGAUACAGUUCUCAGCGAUUCUCCAGAGUCACUUGGGAUUGAGGCGGUAAAAGUUGCAAAUUAUUGGGAAGCCAUUGGUGUUGUUGCAGCUCACAAGGCUGGAAUAGAUCCUUAUUCCCUUCGAAGAAAUAGAAUAAAAAACAUUAAUUGCAUUUCCAGUACAUCUUCUAAUGGCGCAGUUUCAAGUGCCUCUGAAGGAUUCCACUGAGGGUCUGUUGAAUUCAGCUACAAAAGUUGGUUAUACGUAUUCAACUUCUAUUCACCAGCGAAGUUAUGGGAGAUGGCCGGAGGCGGGCCUUAGCGCUGCAACUUCUUGACCUUGUACGUGACUUUGUUCUGAUGUCAGGGAGGUCGAUCGCUGGCGCUGGAGACACUAUGAAGAAAGAUUGCACCGAUCUCAUUCGUCGGAUCGCCCUCCUGGUCCAUCUGGCGGAGGAGAUCACAAACUUCUGUAGUGGCAGCUGGGACAAUUUUGAGAAAUCGAAUGAUGAUGGGUCUUCUUCUUCUUCUUUAUCUUCUUGGUUGGAUUGCCUUUCGGAAGUGGUUGGAGCAAUUCAGGCGGCGAAGCGGCUUCUGUACACGGCUUUGACUUUCUCUCCAAACGACGAGGAGGGUUGUGUGACUUCGACGGUGAGUUCAUCUUGUCUUUCUGUUAUAGCUUACAAUUGUUUGUGUUUGGAUUGGAAAAUCAACAGACCUAGAAGUGUAACUUCCAUUGAUGUAAUAAGUCUGCACUUUUGAGUUUUUGAUUCAGUGCAGAUUUGUCAAAUUUUCAAUUCCAUUCUACGUGCUGCCUUCUUCAUCUUCUCUUUAUUUAUUAUUUAUGUUUCUAUUUUUUAAGAUCGGUGAAUCUUGAUCUUUAAUUCUUUUUUUGUUUAUAACAAGAGAAUUGAUCUUUAAUUCUUUUAAGCUAUGAAGUAAUUGGUGGAAAUUUGUUUC